AUGGCGGAGCGUUUGUUUUCAAAAGCUAAUGAAUUGGGCAUGAUGGAAAAGGGUUCUGUUUGGAUCACUACAGACAGCAUCACAAAUCUUGUACAUUCCAUGAAUUCCUCAGUCAUCUCUUCCAUGGAAGGUGUUCUAGGAAUGAAGAGCUUCUUCCAGGAAGACGGAGCCCGGUUCCAAGACUUCUACUCCAGAUUUCGACAGAAGUUUCGAUCACUGUAUCCUAAGGAAGACAACCACGAGCCUGGGAUUUUCGCCGUUCGGGCAUAUGAUGCUGUGUGGUCUGUUGCUCUAGCAAUGGACAACAACAGGUCGACCCAACAAUUGUUAGAAAAGAUUGAACUCAGCGAUUUCCAUGGCCUCACAAAUAGAAUCAAAUUUGAGAGACGACGCUUGGCUCCACAACGCAUGUUUCAGAUUGUUAAUGUGAUUGGAAAAAGUUAUAGAGAGCUCGGAUUCUGGUCGGAGGGAUCAGGCUUCGCCAAGCCUACUAAUGGUCAAAUUCAAAACAGUAGCUCCAUGGACAUCCUGGGGCAAGUGUUUUGGCCAGGAGGCCCUACUUCCACCCCAAGAGGAUGGGCACUUCCUACAAGCGAAACCCCAUUGCGAAUUGGAGUGCCCCUCAAUGCCACAUUCAAACAAUUUGUUUCUGUAACAUAUGAUGAUGGAGGCAAUCCAUCGGUUUCCGGGUUCUCAAUCGAAGUCUUCAAAGCAGUUCUGAAACAUUUAAACUACAGUCUACCUCAUGAGUUUUUUCCCUUCAGUGGUACCUAUGAUGAUUUGGUGGAACAGGUUCAUCUCAAGAAAUUUGAUGCAGUGGUAGGCGAUACGUCGAUAGUUUCAAAGAGAUGGGAGCAGGCUGAAUUUUCGCAUCCCUACACAGAACCAGGAUUGAUGAUGAUAGUUCCUGAGAAAGUAGAGACAUCCAAUAGGGCUUGGUUAUUCAUGAAGCCCUUCACCAAGGCGAUGUGGGUUCUAACAGGUGCUAUAACCAUCUACAAUGGCUUCACCCUCUGGUUGAUAGAACGAGACCAAAACCCAGAACUUAUGACAGGCUCUAUUCUGAACCAAAUGGGAACCUUGGUUUGCCUAUCCUUCACCACCCUCUUCUCUAUGCAUGGAGGAAGGCAACAUAGUAAUCUGUCCCGGUUGGUAAUGGUGGUCUGGCUGUUCGCAUCUCUGGUGAUAACGAAUAGCUACACUGCUAAUCUUACGAGCAUGCUUACGGUCCAACGCCUUGAACCUACUGUGGUCGAUGUGGAAGAUCUGAAGAGUGCUAAUUCCAUUGUUGGGUGCAGCAAACGAUCAUUCGUGGUGAGCUCUCAGAAGCGGAGAGAUAGCAGCAGCCUUCAUUGA